CAUCAUCUCAAUUGUAGUAGGCAUUCAUCCGACUUAACACCUUUCAUCCACUACUUUUCUAGACUUGCUUUUCGUCUGUAUAAAAGGCUUACAGCUCUUCCUCUUUUUUUCUUCAGUUUUCUUUUCGGGUCGUCCCUUUUAUCAACUCUUACUCUUUCCUCGACCCUUCUUACCCAUACACCUCUAUACUUCACAUUCCUCAGACAAAAAUAUACACAAAACAAACAACAAUCUGUAGUCGGCGGCUAUCAUCCAGUUUGCUUUAUACUACUUUUCACUGCAAGGUCAAUCUUCAUCUCUCUUUCUUUCGAACCCUCUUUCGUUACUCCAGCCAUGUCAGAAGAACAACCCUUUGAUAUUGAGGCAAUCCCUGAUCAGGCUCAGGAAGAGGACCUCUACAAUGUCUAUAACCCGAUCGAGAAGACUGCUUCACACUUCCUCCAUGCGCCUCAGGUCCUGUCUGAUCUUAGGACCAUGGCCUCAUUCCCCUUUGUGGGGCCAUGUGAGCUAGACCUCCGCCAGCGUUGGACACUCAAGCUGAAUCUCUCAACCUUGAUUGGUAAAUACCAAUACCAAUCUUAUCUCCUUGAUCCAUGUCUUGAGGAGAUGGUUUCGAUCCUUAUUACACCAAUUCGCAAGGUAGUGCAAGACAUCACCAUUGGGGACCUUAAGGGCCAGCCAAUUAACGAACAUGGCCUUGAUGCCUUUUACAUGCUAUACUUUAUCAGCAAGACAAGAGGAUACAAGACUGUCGUAAAAUUCCUUCCUCAUGAAGUGGCUGAUAUCGAGCCUGCAUUCGAGUUUCUGAAAACGUUGGAAAAUAGCCGGGUUCCAUGGGAAACAGGCUAUGUGCUCCUUAUCUGGCUAUCGCUUAUGUGUAUGAUCCCCUUUGACCUAAAGACCAUUGAUAGCCAAGUCGAAAAAACAAGCGAAAGAAUUCCCCUUGUGGACCAAAUGAUUGAAACUGCAAAAUCGUUUUUGAAUAAAGCUGGCAAAGACAGAGAUGGCGCAUCUCUUUUCUUGGCUCGUCUUUUGACAAGGAAGGACACAUGCGGUGUAUAUCUUCCUGAAUUUGUAGAAUGGUCGAAAACCACUCUUGGAUCAAACCCUGUCGUUUUUCAGGCCAUUGGAAUCAUGGGAACACUCUGCUGGAUCUUCAAACUGGGCCAACGUGAAGUUCUUUUGCCCAUCGCAGAGGGCUUAGAGGCCCUGUUAACCUACAUUGAGUCUCGAGACGCGUUCAUGUCCAACUCCAUGUUGAAAAAGCUAGUCGUGAAGCUAUCCCAGAGAGUGGGACUCUGCCUAUUAAAACCCCGUGUCGCUGCUUGGAGGUACCAACGCGGCAGCCGCUCCUUGGCGAGCAAUUUGAUGAUAAACUCGAAUUCAAGUGAAGGCAUCAAUGCAAACAAGAUUUCAACCGCUAUUGCGGAGGAAACGGAAGAUGAUGAGGACUUUGAUGUCCCUGAAGCAAUUGAGAAUGUUGUCGAGCGUCUGAUGAACGGUCUCCGUGACAGAGACACGAUCGUGCGCUGGUCAGCUGCCAAGGGUAUGGGAAGGAUCAGCAAUAGAUUACCCAAGGACAUGGCAGAUGAUGUAGUUGGCAGUAUCCUUGAACUCUUUUCAGAGGACGUCUUUCAACUUCCCAAUGGUGAGCCAGAUGUUUCCUCAGUCUCGGAGCACACAUGGCAUGGUGCUUGUCUCGCUGUCGCAGAGCUCUCACGUCGUGGACUCUUGUUACCUCAUCGUCUGAAGGAGCUCAUUCCUUGGAUCAUUCUGGCACUCAAGUUCGAUGUCAAGCGUGGAGCUCACUCGGUUGGAGGCAAUGUCCGUGAUUCGGCCUGCUAUGUCUGUUGGUCCUUCGCACGUGCUUACACGCCUGAGAUCCUUGAGGAACACGUCAGGAAAUUGUCCAAUACCUUAAUUGCAGUGUCUGUCUUUGAUCGCGAUAUUAACAUUCGACGAGCCAGUAGUGCGGCAUUCCAGGAGAAUGUUGGUCGUAUGGGUAUUUUCCCACAUGGAAUUGAGAUUGUCACAAUUGCUGAUUAUUUCUCUCUCGGCAAUAUCACUAAUUCGUUUUUGAACAUUGCGCCCACCAUUGCUGAAUUUGUCGAGUAUCGACGCUACCUCUCUCAACAUCUGCUGGAGUUUGUCAUCCCACAUUGGGACAUUGCUGUCCGAGAAAUAGCAGCAGAUGCCAUGGCCAAGAUUGCUGUCCUUGAUUUGGAUUAUGCAUGCAGUGAUAUUAUCCCCACUCUUACAAAAAUGACUUCCAGUCUGGAUCCUGCUAUUCGACACGGUAGCUUGAUCACUCUUGGUAAGACAUGCAAGGCUGUCAAAGAGAAAUGUGGGCAGGAAUUUGAACAAAAAGUCUCCAAAGAGACUUUGGAGAGUAUCUCCAAGGUGGUACCAACUGUCCCCGAGUUCGCACUCACAGGCUUUGGAAGCGAACACGUCCGUCAGGCAUUAUGUAUUCACAUCACCUGCCUUUCAGAGGCAGGUUGGCCUAUCUCAGAUAAUGCUGUACUCGAGUCAUGGAAGAAUAUCAUCUACACAACUCUGGAACGAACUGAAGAACCUCUUCAGAGAAUGGCUGCAGACACAUUCAGGGCUGCGGUUGCUCAAUAUGGGAUCACCAACUCUGAAUUAUUUGAUCAGUACGUCCCCAAGGUCCUUCCAGGGCUUGCUAGCGAUCGCUUUGCUCAAAGCGGCUUUGCGUUGGCCUUGGGCGAAAUCGAUUAUGCACAAAAGGAUUAUUCCCCUUGGAUCGCCAAGAUCAUUGAUGUCUUGGCAAAGACUGCAGUCGCUACCAAUGUGACCACUGCAGAGGCCCGCCGCAAUUCUAUCAAUUCUGUGACAAAUAUCAUCAAAGUCCUAGAUAGAAAAUACCGUCAAGUGGUAUCGGCGGAGCUCUCGAGGACCAUCUUGAAUUUGUAUUUUGAAGUUUUCAAUGAUUACAGUAUUGACCAUCGUGGAGACGUUGGAUCCUGGAUCCGAGAGGCUAGUAUGCAAGGGCUCAAGGUCAUGUUCCCUUUGGUAGCUCGUCUGGACUAUGAGGCAACUCAUGCUCAAAAUGCUCAGGACACUCAGCGGUAUCUAUCGGAUGAGGACCACGCAGUGAUUUUGGCAAAGUUGCUACAACAAUGUGUUGAGAAAAUUGAUCGAAUCCGUGCCAGUGCUGCAGAUGCGAUGGUGGCAAUACUUUAUGCAGAGACUGAGUGGCCCACAGUGACGGACACAACAACCACAACAACUUCUGAAGAGACAGCUACUGCUGCCGCUACUGUCACUACCACUGACACCACUAAGACAGACAAGAUGGAAAAGGAUCCUGUUUAUCUUCUUCGAGCAUCCCAUCGUCCUCAAUUGACAGAAGUGAUUCGAAAGAAUGAUGAUAUGAACUGGUUACAGGCUUCCGAAGUCUAUCCACGUGUUGUUCAGCUCCUGAACUUGCCAGAGUAUCGGCUAGAUCUUUUGACCGGGUUUGUCAUCAGUGCUGGAGGUCUUACAGAAUCCUUGGUUCGCCAUUCGAGUGCAUGUUUGAUAGAGUUUAUCUCCAACGUUCCAAUUACCAAAAAGGAUUUGGAAGCAGAAGGGGGAGAUGAUGACAAUCCAAGGCUGACAUUAGUAGAGUUUGGAGAGGAGAUUAUGAACAUUGUUGCAAAGUAUGAGGGACAGGAUCGAGUGAUCGUUCCCCUGUUGGAAGUCUUGGAUAUGCUGUUCGAAUCAGGAUGUAUGUUGAUGAUGGAAGGCGAAUAUGAUUUUGCACCCAUGGUUCGUUUUGUCCGCCGACAGACGAUCAAAUGCAAAGACACCCGAAAGCUAUCGGCCUGUAUUCGAACCUAUUGUGGAUUAUGUGCACUCGGCGGCAAGAUCAAGAAUGCUAUCCUGUUGGAGCUUCUUCGUCUUUUGGUCCAUCCGUUCCCAAAGAUCAGAAGAGCUACAGCUGAUUCGAUGUAUCUGAUGUUGAAUAGCUCUGUCGAGGAUCCUACCCCCGAAAGUGAGAAAGUCGCUGAAAUCUUGGUGAAUUCGGAUUGGAAUCAAUCUGUUGCACAGUUGACACCAUUGAGAGAUCAACUCUACCCACUUCUCAACUUGGAAAAGCCAAAGCCAACCCCUGCCGCAAAAUAAAUACAUAAAUAAAUAACAAAUAUACAGAAG